ACAUGUCUGAAGCAUUUAAUAGUGUAAUUUUACAUGCAAGAGGUAAGCCCAUCAUCACAAUGAUGGAAGACAUUCGUCUGUACCUCAUGAAGAGAUGGGCAACAAAUAGAAACAAAAUAUCCACAUAUGAAGGUAGUAUUUGUCCAAAGAUUAAGAAAAGAUUUGACAAGGAACUGCACCUGACAAAAUACUGGAUACCUAGUUGGUCUGGAGAGAAAAUUUUUGAGGUCAGACACAUUUCAAUGAUGAGUGACAAGUAUGUCGUUGACAUUGAUAAACUGGAAUGCAGUUGCAGAAAGUGGACUUUAACAGCUAUCCCAUGCUGUCAUGCACUAGCUGCCAUGACAUUUAUCAACAUCAAUGGAGAAGACUACGUGCCACAUUGGUUUACAAAGUCAACCUACCAAGAAACAUACAUUCCAAUCAUCUACCCUGUCAAUGGUCCUCAGCUAUGGGAAACAACUUCUCAGCCUGAUGUGUUGCCUCCAACUAAAAGAGUCUUGCCUGGUAGACCAAAGAAGAAGAGAAGGCUAGAGGCUUGGGAGCUAAAGAAGGAUGACACACAACUGAAGCAAAAUGGAACUCGUAAGAGAUGUUCCAUAUGUAGACAGGUUGGUCAUAAAAGAAAUACUUGUCCACAAGCUCCUCCAGCAAACCAAACUGAAUAUCAAUCAAGUGAGCAACCUGCAACCCAAGCUCAACAAAGUCAGCCAAUUACUGGACCAAGUCAACUUACUCAGGCAUCUACAACACAAGUUUAAAACUGAUUUAGGAAUUUUGUA